AUGGCCGCACCCACCCGCCCACCAAAGAACGGCUUCAACAUCUGGGUCCACAAAGUCUAUAACUCCAUUGGCUUCAGUAAAGCCUACAACUUCGCCCUCUGGUUCAUCUUCGCCGGCGCACUCUUUGGCUUUUCUCUCGCCCGCUUCAUGUACUUCAGCUUCGACGGCCAUUUCUGUCCUCCGAAUCCUCAAGGUGGAGACUCAGCGGCGCCGGGAGAAUGCUACUACUACACCACUUUUACGCGCGACAAGAUCGGCAUCAUGCUCCACCUCGCCGGCAUCCUUCCUGCCAGCAUCCUGGUCUGUUUCCAAUUCACGCCGUUCAUUCGUCACAAGUGGAUCAUCAUUCACCGUGUCUUAGGCUACCUUGCGGUGCUAUUGUACACCGUGGGCCUUGUUGGCGCAUUGAUGAUCGCACACAUGGCUUUCGGUGGAGGCUUGGACGUGCAAUUAUGGGCCGGGUUUGUAGGCAUCGGUGUGUUAGUGUGCUUCAUCUUGGCCAUCGUCAACGUCAAGAGGCUGCAGAUUGAGCAGCACCGAGCGUGGAUGUUGCGGGGAUGGUUUUGCGCGGGCUCUAUCAUCACGAGUCGCUUCAUCAUGAUCAUCGCGGCGACGAUAAUCUCAAACAAGGGCCACUACAUCGUGUGGCCUUGCGCAAAGAUCGCCGCUACAAUCUCUGAAGAUAUCGACCUCGUCUCCGCAUAUCCUGCAUGCGCGUCAUACGCAGAUGGGAGCAAACUCGGCCAAGUCUCAGCAGUGCUUGCAGACAUGAACGGCGCAUCAGCUGCAGAAGCUGCCGCAGCAUUAAACGUAAGCUUUGGUAUGGCGCUAUGGCUCGCGUUUGCGGUACACACAGUCAGUGUUGAGAUCUAUUUGCAUCUGACACCCAGGGAGGCUGAGCGCUUGAGGCAAGUCAGCUACACACGACAGCUCGAAGCUGGUAAGCACAACCCUGGCUCUGCUGGUUUGACAGCGGAUCGUUUUGGCGAUGCGAAGCCGUGGCUUGCUGAGGGUAGGAUUCAGAGCACGAUACCCUGA